GGACAGGAUAAGGAAUAUCAUUCCAUUCCUAGACUCUCUCCGGGGAUGAGAAACACCGCGUCCGCCUCUAUGGAAGACUACGUCAUGGUGGAUUACUCAGACAAUAGUCCAGGGUAUGUUUGUGAUAAUCAACACAGAGCAGCUACUUACGAGCAAAAGGAACGGAGGUAUUUUGACUCGGGUGAUUUGGCUCUGUCUGCAGCCGAGAAAAUGACUGAUGACGGUCCUAUCCAAACUGGCACAGCCCACCCUAUACGUGACAGUAUUUCGCGUCUUUAUGCCCCCCGGGACGUUAGUGGUGAGAGUCAAGUUCAAGAAAUGAUAGAUAGCCAUCUACACCGGCAAAUUAACAGUGUGAAUAAGAUGCAGAAACCAAAAGAAACUAUUUAGGAUAGAUAACUUUUCUGGCAAUACUUUUCAGUCUAUCGAUGAG